AUGGCAAAGAAGGAUGACGAUGAAGGGGGUGAUGACUCCGUGUCAAUAACUGAUGACGUAAAAGGCGCUGAUUAUUACCAUGGGCUGAUUCCACGUACCGACAUUGAACCGUUGCUGAGAAAAGAAGGCGACUUUCUACUACGAAAAACUGAACUUACUCCCGGAGAAAUUGUUCUGGCUAUAUCGGUACGACAUAAUAAUACUGUACGACAUUUCAUGGUAAAUCAGGAUCAAGAUGGAUCAUUCUAUUGUGAGCAUCACCAUGAAAAAAGCGUCUCUGAUCUCAUUCAAUACUACAGAACAACAAGAGCAGCGCUUUCAGCUUCUAGUCAAGCCCGUCUCCGUCGACCUAUCGAAAGACCACAGUGGCUAUUGAAUCAUGAUGCUAUCCGACUGAUUAAAAAACUUGGAGAAGGUGCUUUCGGUGAGGUUAGUUUGGUAUCUUAA